UAGUUGGGUUUGGUCCUGCUCUGAGCAGGGGUUGGACUAGAUACCUCCUGAGGUCCCUUCCAACCCUGAGAUUCUAGGAGCCCUGGCUCCCCCCCCCCCCCAGGUGCGAUGGGGGCCGUCUCUCUGGCCGGGGCCCCCCCUAACCCCCUCUGCCCCCCAGGUGCGAUGGAGCCCGUCUCUCUGGCCGGGGUGCUCUGGGCCGUCGUGCUGGUUCUCCCGGCCGUGCUGGCCACGGCUCUCUGCAUCGGCUGCCGGGACACCGGCUCCCCUGGAGCAGAGUGGGCCGGACCCCCCCUGCCCCCACCCCUAACGCUGCGCCCUGCUCUUUCGGCAGCCCACGGAGCCCAGGCGGUCGGGGACUACGAGUACAAACCCCCACCUUGUGUCCCCCCCAACAGCUUCAUGGUGCUGACCCGAGCCAACUAUCCCUCCAGGAACCAGAUCAAACAGCAACCGGUGGCGCCCGCUGAGCAGUUCCUGUCCAUCCCGCGAUCCCCACAGGCGCCCCAGAGCCGCCAAGUCUCCUUCACCAGGACAGAGACCGACAACGACAGCGUCCCCAGCUACGAGAACGAGGAGCGGCCCCGUGGGGAUGACGACGACAACGACUAUAACAACGAGAUCUACAUCCCCGGCUACGUGGAGGUGCUUCCCGACAGCGUCACCGAGACGUCCCCCACGGAGCUGGUCACCUCGGGGCCGGAGCUCAGGGACAGCGUGUCCUCAGUGGCAAUGGGGGAUGAGUACGAGAACAUGCCGGAGGCCCAGAGGGAGUCGCUGGCCGACAGCCUGGAGUACGUCAACAUGCCAGAGCCUGGCUCCAGCCUCCCUGACGCCCACUACGGCGCCAGCGACCGGGAGAGCGAGGACGAUGGGCCUGACUACGAGAACCUGCACCGCUGAGCGCGAGGCAGACCCCCAGCUCUGGAGAGCGACACCCUCCGCCCCCCCGUGGGGAACCUGCCUUCGAGGAGCGAACCAACAGCUGGAUGAGCCCCCAGGAACCUCGCCACAGGGGGGCCUGAGAACCCCCCCCCGCUGGCCCC